GUAUGAUUAUGUUGAAGUGAUUGAUGGAGAUAAUGCUGAAGGACGCUUAUGGGGAAAGUACUGUGGAAAAAUUGCUCCCCCUCCUUUAGUGUCUUCGGGACCAUAUCUUUUUAUUAAAUUUGUUUCCGACUAUGAGACACACGGAGCAGGAUUUUCUAUACGUUAUGAAGUUUUCAAGAGAGGACCUGAAUGUUCCAGAAACUUCACUUCGUCAAGUGGAGUGAUAAAGUCCCCUGGAUUCCCUGAAAAAUAUCCCAAUAGCCUUGAAUGCACUUAUAUUAUCUUUGCACCAAAGAUGUCAGAGAUUAUACUGGAAUUUGAAAGCUUUGAGCUAGAACCUGAUUCAAAUACUCCAGGGGGAGCGUUCUGUCGCUAUGACCGAUUGGAAAUCUGGGAUGGAUUCCCUGAUGUUGGCCCGCACAUAGGGCGUUAUUGCGGGCAGAACAACCCAGGACGUGUCCGGUCUUCAACAGGGAUUCUUUCAAUGGUAUUUUACACUGACAGUGCAAUAGCAAAAGAGGGAUUCUCAGCAAACUACAGCGUGUCGCAGAGCAGUGUAUCAGAAGAUUUCCAGUGCAUGGAACCACUAGGUAUGGAGUCAGGAGAAAUUCACUCUGAUCAAAUCACCGUCUCCUCCCAGUACAGCGCUAUCUGGUCUUCAGAAAGGUCCCGGCUAAAUUACCCUGAGAACGGAUGGACCCCAGGAGAAGACUCUAUCAGAGAAUGGAUACAGGUAGAUCUAGGGCUUCUCCGCUUUGUUUCUGGAAUUGGGACCCAAGGAGCAAUCUCAAAAGAAACGAAGAAAGAAUAUUAUCUGAAAACAUACCGCGUAGAUGUCAGCUCCAAUGGAGAGGACUGGAUUACACUGAAAGAGGGAAACAAGCCUGUUGUGUUUCAAGGGAACAGCAAUCCCACUGAGGUUGUUUACAGACCUUUUGCCAAACCAGUUUUGACACGGUUUGUGCGAAUUAGACCUGUGUCUUGGGAAAACGGAGUAUCACUGAGAUUUGAAGUUUAUGGCUGCAAGAUAACAGAUUAUCCUUGCUCUGGGAUGCUGGGUAUGGUGUCUGGGCUCAUUCCUGACUCUCAGAUUACUGCAUCUACUCAAGUUGAUCGAAACUGGAUCCCGGAAAAUGCUCGCCUCAUAACAAGCCGUUCAGGUUGGGCACUGCCACCAACUACUCAUCCGUAUACAAAUGAAUGGCUUCAAAUUGACCUUGGUGAAGAAAAAAAAGUGAGGGGCAUAAUUGUCCAAGGAGGCAAGCACCGAGAAAACAAAGUAUUCAUGAAAAAAUUUAAAAUUGGCUACAGCAACAAUGGAUCAGAUUGGAAAAUGAUCAUGGAUUCCAGCAAGAAAAAGAUAAAGACUUUUGAAGGCAACACCAACUAUGACACGCCUGAACUGCGGACUUUUGAACCUGUAUCGACGAGAUUCAUCCGUGUCUACCCUGAGAGAGCCACACACGGAGGACUGGGGCUGCGAAUGGAGCUGCUGGGCUGUGAACUUGAAGCUCCUACGGCUGUCCCUACCGUUUCUGAAGGCAAACCUGUGGACGAGUGUGAUGAUGACCAGGCAAACUGUCACAGUGGCACAGGUGAUGACUACCAACUGACAGGUGGUACUACAGUGCUGAAUACAGAAAAGCCAACAGUAAUAGACAACACAUUACAACCAGAGCUGCCACUAUACAACUUCAACUGUGCCUUUGGUUGGGGAUCCCAAAAGACUUUGUGCCACUGGGAGCACGACAACCAGGUGGAUUUAAAGUGGGCAAUCCUGACCAGCAAAACUGGGCCGAUUCAAGAUCACACAGUAGGAGAUGGCAAUUUCAUUUACUCGCAAGCUGACGAAAGCCAGAAAGGCAAAGUCGCCCGACUGCUGAGCCCCAUGAUUUACUCGCAGAACUCUGCCCACUGCAUGACUUUCUGGUACCAUAUGUCCGGCGCACACGUUGGCACCCUGAAGAUCAAACUGCGGUACCAGAAGCCGGACGAAUACGAUCAGGUGCUGUGGACCCUGAGCGGGCACCAGGCAAACUGCUGGAAGGAAGGACGCGUUCUUCUUCACAAGUCUGUGAAACACUAUCAGGUGGUUAUUGAGGGAGAAAUUGGAAAAGGAACUGGAGGAAUUGCUGUGGAUGAUAUUAAAAUUGACAAUCACGUAGCACAAGAGGAUUGCCGAAAAUCAACUGAUGUGGAGAAUGAAAUAGAUGAAGAAGAAGACCCAGAAAGUAAUCAAACAGGGUUUACGCCUCCAUACCAUACAGGCGAGGACUAUGAUGAUAUCUCCAGGAAACCAGGCAACGUCCUGAAGACCCUAGAUCCAAUCCUUAUUACCAUUAUAGCCAUGAGUGCACUCGGGGUGCUUUUAGGAGCCAUCUGUGGAGUUGUCCUGUACUGUGCCUGUUGGCACAAUGGGAUGUCAGAGAGGAACUUGUCUGCACUGGAGAAUUACAAUUUUGAACUGGUCGAUGGUGUAAAACUGAAAAAAGAUAAACUAAACACACAGAAUUCAUACUCGGAAGCAUGAAGGUAUAAAGCGACUGGAGAAGUUUCAGAGAAUCGGGAUGGAAGGACAUAGCUCGGUCGUGCUGGGGAACUGUUGAUCUUCUUUUACUGUACAGGCUGAAAAGUGCAUUGAUGACACUGAGCCAAGCUUUUCUCAGGAGCUUCAAUGAGUGUGUAACCGAUAAACAUGGACAACUAUCUGUGUUAACAAUCUGAAUCAUGUACAGUCUGCUUUUUCUGUUGGUUUUAUUUGAAAUAAUCAAAUGCUGGUGUUGAGACCAAGUAUGAUUGACUUAUAGUUCAUUUUGUCUUUCUUUUUCUCCCUCUCUUUUGUUUUCCGUUAAUGGAUAAUUUUGUUUUUACUGUGCAAAAUCCAAGAUGCUGUCACAAAAUGUAUUCAGUGGGGUCCUUUGGAUGGACAUGCUGUUUGUAGCUCAGUGCCCAGAAAAUAUUGGAGUAACAGCAAUUUAGUGGACUCCUGCACCUGUAUUUGUGUAUAAUUGCUCGUGUUGUGCAUAGGCAAAGAAGGGUUAGGAUGUUUUUGAAAGUACUGCUGCAUCAGUACUGAUAUAGUGUGUCAGCUCUGUUUACGAAGCAAUACAGUCAAAUUUUAUUGAUGUUUUUCAGUGUUGUACUAAAUUUUGUGCUUGUGAACUCCAUAAAAGAGUAUGUGCCAUCAUCAGACACAACUGGUAACCGAGUGUACUGCCUAAAAACUAAACAAAAAAGUCCUUGGCACUGGCUAGUGUAUGUCCUCUCAAGUGCCUUUUUGUUUGUACUGCUUCUCAUUGUGUUAACAUUAACUACAGCUCUGCUUCUCUGCAGUUAUGCCCUUGUCUUUAAUCAUACUCUGAUGGCGCACUGACUAAAAGAAAAGUAUAUUUUAGUGUGAGAAAGUAGCCUCAGCAAGGCAAGGGCUAAUCAGAUUUGACAACCUGGCUCGAUUGUUCUGCUUUCUGUAUUUCAACUUCAUGUCUCUUGACCCUUUUGUAUAAAGCUGCAAUAUCCCCUUUUAUUGUUCUUUCAUAUAGAAUGUAUUUUCAAAUGUAAAAUCUCUCUCCCUUUCUCUUCUCUUCUCUUCCUCUCUCUCUUUCUCUCUCUGAGUAGAUUGCAUAAGCAUUUGCCAUUGCCAAGGAAAGAAAACUGCAGCUUUAACUUGCUGGUAAUGGCAAAGGAUUUUAUUAGAGUUUGUGUUAAAAAAUAAGGGAAAAUUCUUAACUUUACCCUCCAAAGUUGAACUUUGGGUUUCUUCUUAACAGCAUAAAGUGACAGUAUCUUUUUUCCUGAAGUCAUGAAACAUGUCUUUUAUCCUGAACAGCUUGCCUGUUAAUUACACUAGGGAAAAUUAUUCGCUUAGUGAAAAGAUUGCCUUUAAAAUGAGAAACUUUCCUCCUCCUGCCCCUACCUGAACCCAGAGUUCUGUUCUCUCAGUAAACGUGUAUUUGCAUGCUAAUCAAUGCUAAUUGGGCUUACGCAUGGGUACUGAUGGCAGAAUAAAAUCCCACAGUGUAUGUAGGGUAUGUUCUUGCCAUCCUGUUAUAUCCAAUUGGCAUUUCAUACCAGGAGGUUUCUGUUUGACCAGAAGUGCCAAUAGUGACAGAUUCAGUCAGCUGAGUAGUGUAAGCUGUCAGAAAAAUGUGUUUGACAAUUAUGUGGCAAUUUUUUAAUAUUUUAGGACAAAUAUUAUUGGACAAAUAAUAUUCAACAGCCUAUGCAGCUGGUUCAACAGGGUAAAAAGA